CGGGGCCGGGGCCGGGGCCGGGGCCUAGGCGAGAGGACCUGCGAGCGGACCUGAGCGGCGGCGGCGGCGCAGCGCAGCGGUCGAGCGGGCCGGAGGCGGCCGGGGCGCCGGGCGCAGGCACCCGUGCCUCCCCACUGCCAGGGGCCUGGUGGCCGGAACCUGGUCACUCCAGGUACCGGAGGGCCCCGUCCCACGUUGCUUCCCGCCAGCACCUCUGACCAAGCGCCCGGAGGGAUGUGUGUGCCAGCCCUCGGUCCAGCACCCGCUCCCAAGGUGACGCCUGCUGCUUCCCGACUGGUUCCCAUUUCCCCUCCGCACGUAGCUCCGGGGUUGAUUAGCGGCUGCCCGGGAGAGGAGACCCGGGCAACGCGCUAGGGCGACGGCCCCUGCCCCGAGGGCCGGGAUCAUGAAAGGCCUCGGUGACAGCCGCCCCCGCCACCUGUCCGACAGCCUGGACCCACCACACGAGCCCCUGUUCGCAGGGCCUGAUCGCAACCCUUACCUGCUAUCGCCCACGGAGGCCUUCGCCCGCGAGGCUCGCUUCCCUGGGCAGAAUGCUCUGCCAGGGGACGGGCUUUUCCCGCUCAACAACCAGCUGCCACCACCCAGCAGCACCUUCCCCCGCAUCCACUACAACUCCCACUUCGAGGUGCCAGAGGAGAGCCCCUUCCCCAGCCACGCCCAGGCCACCAAGAUCAACCGGCUGCCCGCCAACCUCCUGGACCAGUUUGAGAAACAGCUGCCUAUCCACCGCGACGGCUUCAGCACUCUCCAGUUCCCCCGCGGGGAGGCCAAGGCCCGGGGCGAGAGUCCUGGCCGCAUCCGCCACCUGGUCCACUCGGUCCAGCGGCUCUUCUUCACCAAGGCGCCCUCCCUGGAGGGCACGGCAGGCAAGGUCGGCGGCAAUGGCGGCAAGAAAGGUGGCCUGGAGGACGGCAAGGGCCGGAGGGCCAAGAGCAAGGAGCGGGCCAAGGCCGGGGAGCCCAAGCGGCGCAGCCGUUCCAACAUCUCGGGCUGGUGGAGCUCCGACGACAACUUGGAUGGUGAGGGUGGCACCUUCCGCAGCGGUGGCCCAGCCUCUGGACUGAUGACACUAGGCCGCCAGACAGAACGCAGCCAGCCACGCUAUUUCACACACGCCUACAACACCAUCAGUGGGCACAUGCUCAGAGCCGCCAAGAACAACACCACCGAGCUGACCGCCCCGCCACCCCCGCCGGCACCCCCGGCCACCUGCCCCAGCCUUGGGGUGGCCGCGGACACCAACUAUGUCAAGCGGGGCUCCUGGUCCACCCUGACCCUCAGCCACGCCCAUGAGGUCUGCCAGAAGACCUCAGCCACCUUGGAUAAGAGCCUGCUAAAGUCCAAAUCCUGCCACCAAGGUCUUGCCUAUCAUUACCUGCAGGUGCCCGGAGGCGGUGGCGAAUGGACCACCUCGCUGCUGUCCCCGCGCGAGGCGGACUCCACAGGCGAGGGCCCCAUCCCGUGCCGGCGAAUGCGCAGCGGCAGCUACAUCAAGGCCAUGGGCGACGAGGACAGUGACGAGUCCGGCGGCAGCCCCAAGCCCUCCCCCAAGACGGCGGCGCGGCGCCAGAGCUACCUGAGGGCCACGCAGCAGUCGCUGGGAGAGCAGAGCAAUCCCCGCAGGAGUCUGGACCGCCUGGAUUCAGUGGAUAUGCUGCUGCCCUCCAAGUGUCCGAGCUGGGAGGAGGACUACCACCCCGUCAGCGACAGCCUCAACGACUCCAGUUGUAUCAGCCAGAUGUUUGGACAGGCCUCCCUGAUCCCCCAGUUGUUUGGCCACGAGCAGCAGGUACCACGAUGGCCUGAGACAUGGGUCAGACAGACCCUUCCAGAACCAUUGGAGAGUGUAUGUAUGGUACGGGAGGCAGAUCUGAGCGACCAGUAUGAGGCAGCCUGCGAGUCGGCCUGCAGUGAAGCAGAGUCGACCGCGGCGGAGGCUCUAGACUUGCCGCUGCCCAGCUACUUCCGCUCCCGCAGCCACAGCUACCUGCGCGCCAUCCAGGCGGGCUGCUCGCAGGAGGAGGACAGUGUUUCCCUGCAGUCCCUUUCCCCCCCUCCCAGCACCGGCAGCCUCAGCAAUAGUCGCACGCUUCCGAGUUCAUCAUGCCUAGUGGCGUAUAAGAAGACCCCGCCACCGGUCCCUCCACGCACCACAUCGAAGCCGUUCAUCUCCGUCACGGUCCAGAGCAGCACCGAGUCUGCCCAGGACACCUACCUGGACAGCCAGGACCACAAGAGCGAAGUGACGAGCCAGUCCGGCCUGAGCAACUCGUCGGACAGCCUGGACAGCAGUACCCGACCGCCCAGUGUGACACGGGGCGGAGUCACCCCAGCCCCCGAGGCCCCUGAGCCACCCCCAAAACAUGCAGCUUUGAAGAGCGAACAAGGGACGCUGACCAGCUCCGAAUCCCACCCUGAGGCCAUUCCCAAAAGGAAACUGUCAUCUAUAGGAAUACAAGUUGACUGCGUUCAGCCAGUGCCAAAAGAGGAGCCCAGUCCCGCUACCAAAUUCCAGUCCAUCGGGGUUCAGGUAGAGGACGACUGGCGAAGCAGCGCCCCCUCUCACAGCAUGUCCUCCCGACGGGACACCGACUCGGAUACCCAGGAUGCCAACGACUCGAGCUGUAAGUCAUCUGAGAGGAGCCUCCCGGACUGCACCCCACACCCCGACUCCAUCAGCAUCGAUGCCGGCCCCCGGCAGACCCCCAGGAUUGCCCAGAUCAAGCGCAACCUCUCCUAUGGAGACGACAGCGACCCUGCCUUAGAGGCAUCCUCGCUGCCCCCGCCCGACCCCUGGCUGGAGACGUCCUCCAGCUCCCCCGCGGAGCCAGCACAGCCAGGUGCCUGCCGCCGGGACGGCUACUGGUUCUUGAAGCUGCUUCAGGCAGAAACGGAGCGGCUGGAAGGCUGGUGCUGCCAGAUGGACAAGGAGACCAAAGAGAACAGCCUCUCUGAAGAAGUCUUAGGGAAAGUCCUCAGUGCUGUGGGCAGUGCCCAGCUACUGAUGUCACAGAAAUUCCAGCAGUUCCGGGGCCUCUGUGAGCAAAACUUGAACCCUGAUGCCAACCCACGUCCAACAGCCCAGGACCUGGCAGGGUUCUGGGACCUGCUGCAGCUGUCCAUCGAGGACAUCAGCAUGAAGUUUGAUGAACUCUACCACCUCAAGGCCAACAGCUGGCAGCUGGUGGAGACCCCCGAGAAGAGGAAGGAAGAGAAGAAACUACCCCCUCCGGUCCCAAAGAAGCCAGCCAAAUCCAAGCCGGCAGUGAGCCGCGACAAGGCCUCUGACGCUGGGGACAAGCAGCGUCAGGAGGCCCGCAAGAGGCUCCUGGCGGCCAAGCGGGCAGCUUCUGUGCGGCAGAACUCAGCCACGGAGAGCGCGGACAGCAUCGAGAUUUAUGUCCCUGAGGCCCAGACCCGGCUCUGAGACCAGGAAGCAGGAAGCAAACAAUUUUAAGUCAUUAAAAAAAGAAACCUACAAACUAAAUGCGAAAGGAACAAAAUUUUCUCAACCUUUAGUGUGGUUAUUCUGUCUAGAGACCCUGAGCCAACUUUCAAAUUGACGCAUACAAGGGCUCACAAUUUGGCUUUCUUGGGUCCCUCCCAGCUUUAGGUUAUGAAGACUUCACACAAAAAAAUCAACAGAAACACAAAACUAUAAAACUUUUUUUUCCUCUUGCUGGCCGUGGUGGACUAGAUAGAUGGACUUCGGCAACGCCCUGGCCCAGCCUCCAGACUACAGUCUUUUUACUUGCUCUAUCUAAUGAGAACUUAAACUAGCUUGUUUACAAGAUGACGACAGCCCAAGGGCAGCCUUGGGCACCUGCCAUGUCCUUCCUCCUUUUCCUGGCUACCCCAGCUCUGACCUUGGAGUUUUCAUUCUUAUGUUUUUCUCUUUUCCCUUAAGAGCUCACACAGGGGUCACCAUCCUGACUAUCGGCUUUCUGGUUCUCAGCCCUUUUUGUGGGUGAGCCCAGAGGACAGAGAGAUGGACACGCGUCCCCUCCCCCACCGAGUGCUCACACACAUGCACGCGCGCGCGCGCGCACACACACACGCAAAUACAGGUUCCUCUCAGCAGAAGCAGCCCUCCCACUGUGAUCUGCCAGCCCUAGGCAGCGUCAGGUGGGUGACUCGCCUCUCUGAGACCAUGAGGAGGGCUGAAGUCUUUGGGGGGGUGGGGGUGGGAAUGAGAUAAAAACCACAGCUUACCACACUCCAGACUCCCGCCUUUUUCUUCUCUCCAGCCCCUUCUUCCUUCAGCAAAAUGUAUGACCUAGAGUGACUUGCAGGGGCCACUCAAGAGAGGGACCCCAUUUUCCAGGGGUCACGUGUCCCUGGCCGAGCCUGUGUACAGUACCCGAGGGGCGGGCGGCUGUGUCUGUAUGUAUGUGUACAUAUGCACAUAGACCUUAGAGUGUAUAUUUAACAAACGCCCCUCUGCUCACCCAUGCCCACCAGCGCCACCGCUGGCUCUCGGGGGCACCUGGCAGGAGGCGGGUGUGUGAAUAGCAUAUAUUUUUACAUGUACUAUAUCUAGGUGUGUGUACAAGUGUGUGUAAAAAUAUAUACCUUGUGUGUAAGCAGCUCCCCCUUUUUUUGUCUCUCACCUGCCCCCCGCUCCCCGGCCAUGGGCCCAUCUGCCUGGCCUCUGAGUUUUCUAUUUUUUUACCCCGGUCAUCCUUCUCUCUCCCCUGCCCCCCAGCCCCACUCCCAGGGUGUCAUGAGCCCUGAGCUGCGAUGGCCCAGGCCUGCAGGGUGAGGUGGGGGGCAGGGAGGGCGAGGGCGAGGCCAGGCCUGCAGCAAGCUUCGAGCACGACGGCUGCGGCACUGGAGACGCCCUCGUGUCCAGCACCUGCCACAGGGGCCUGCUCUAGGGCCCAUUCCAGCUUGGCCGCCGUCUGUGACCUCGGGCAAGUCACUUGACCUCUGUGUGCCUCAACUUCCUCCUCUGUAAAAUGGGGACAGUCCCUGCCCCUCCCUACCUCACAGGCAUGUUGUGAGAAUAAAUGAGGUAACGUGCA